ACGAAUUUCCACUUCUCAUCGCAAACUCCCGAAAACUUCAAUUUCGUUUCCCAAAUUUUUGAGAAAGAUUUCCGAUGGCGCCCAAAGCUGAGAAGAAGCCCGCCGAGAAGAAGCCGGCAGAGGAGAAGAAGUCCACCGUCGCCGAGAAGGCCCCCGCGGAGAAGAAGCUCAAGGCCGGCAAGAAGCUCCCAAAGGAGGCCGGAGCUGCCGCCGGAGACAAGAAGAAGAAGAGGAACAAGAAGAGCGUAGAGACCUACAAGAUCUACAUCUUCAAGGUCCUCAAGCAGGUCCACCCUGACAUCGGGAUCUCCAGCAAGGCCAUGGGCAUCAUGAACAGCUUCAUCAACGACAUCUUUGAGAAGCUGGCUCAGGAGUCGUCGAGGCUUGCGAGGUACAACAAGAAGCCGACGAUUACUUCUCGGGAGAUCCAGACUGCUGUGAGACUUGUACUUCCCGGUGAAUUGGCCAAGCACGCCGUUUCUGAAGGGACCAAGGCUGUGACAAAGUUCACAACUGAGAAGAAGCCCGCCGAGAAGAAGCCGGCCGAGAAGACCCCCGCCGCCGAGAAAGCCCCGGCCGAGAAGAAGCCCAAGGCCGGCAAGAAGCUCCCCAAGGAGGCCGGAGCCGCCGCCGGAGACAAGAAGAAGAAGAGGAACAAGAAGAGCGUGGAGACCUACAAGAUCUACAUCUUCAAGGUCCUCAAGCAGGUCCACCCUGACAUCGGGAUCUCCAGCAAGGCCAUGGGCAUCAUGAACAGCUUCAUCAACGACAUCUUUGAGAAGCUGGCUCAGGAGUCGUCGAAGCUCGCAAGGUACAACAAGAAGCCGACGAUUACUUCUCGGGAGAUCCAGACUGCUGUCAGGCUUGUGCUUCCUGGGGAGUUGGCCAAGCACGCCGUUUCUGAGGGUACAAAGGCGGUGACCAAGUUCACCAGCACUUAGGGAUCUGGAUUUGUUUUUGUGAUUUGGGGGAAGAAAUUAGGGUUAGGUUUAGGGGUUUAUGGGUUUUGUGAUUGUUCAAUUUCCGGUGGAAAUGCUUUUCAUGAUGUAAGUAAGCACUAAUCUAUGUUCUAUGGUUAUUGAAAUUGAAAUGGAAGUACCUUUUAUCCAA